CAUUGCUCAAACACGCCCGCACCUCUUCACUUGAGAUUCAUAGCUUCAAUUUGCUAGCCGAUUGAUUCUCCGAUGGCGAACUAUCAUAGGCUCGCGCAUCUUUCGGCAUUGUUCGUCCUUGCUUUGUCUUUGACGAUCGGCGAGAACCCGGUCGAAGCUCGCCGACUUAUGGAGGCGACCUUGCCCGAAGUGCCCGAACUGCCUAAGCCAGGAUUGCCUCACCUUCCCGACAUCCCGAGCUUGCCAAAGCCCGAAUUGCCAUCACUGCCGAAAGUCGAAUUGCCGCCACUUCCCGAACUGCCAAAGCCUGAACAUCCAACAAUACCUAAGCCAGAGUUGCCGAAAGUACCCGAAUUGCCAUCACUGCCAAAAGUUGAAUUGCCGCCACUUCCUGAACUGCCAAAGCCUGAAUUUCCAACAAUACCAAAACCGGAGUUGCCGGAAGUACCCGAAUUGCCUCAUCUUCCUGAUUUCCCUAAGCCAACAUUGCCUUUCGUUCCCACAGUGCCAGAGGACAAAUCUGUGGCUGCUACUAGUCCGUGAACCGCUGUGAUGUGGCGAUGGAGUAGCGAUACAAUGUGAUGCAAUAUAGUAUUUUAUUACUUCUAUUUCAAUGGUCUGAACAUGCCUCAGAACAUGAUUUAUUAGUAUGACUGUUUGUGACGUGAACUGUGGAACUCGUUCAUAGUUUGUGAUGCCUUGUGUAACUUUGCUUUUAGAGUAAGCUAUAAUUGCUCUUUUUCAAUAUAGCUACUGCACUUGCCCAUGUUUUAUAGGAGUUUUAUAUUCCAUAAUAGAAGAUUUUAUGUUUACUAAAA